AUGGCAGAGCCGGGCAAAGUCCGGUCGUGCACCUCUCGGCCGACCAGUGCCAGUGCUUCCACCCGACCGACGAGCGCUGGAAGCGGGCGAGAAGGGUCCCCAGGUCGACCUUCACUGGCCUUGAGCCAACGUCCAACAAGUGCUGGUAGUGCACAAGAUUCUGCGGGUAGGCCAUCCAUGACAUCUCUGUAUCGGCCAACUAGCGCAAGGAGCAGGCCAGGGAGUGCCAAAAGCCAGCCCGCAUGCAGGGCUUCGCUCGAAGGCCCAGAAGGCUCUACAGCUGCGCAGGCUGCACAGGCUGCACACGUUCCAGCUCGAGGCGAGUCUCCAACAAGAGGCGGUCGGCUUUUGGGCCCGCAUUCGCUGGAGAGCACAGUCACGCAAGGUGCUGACUAUGGCCGUCGUGCGCUUGAAGAAGAGCUGCAGCAGCCAGUCCUGACGCCAAUACCCAAUUCGAUUGCAACUUCCUUGGAAAAGCAACUAGGAACCGCAAUAGGCUUAAAGGGCAGAAAUCGCCUGGUUCCUCGUUUACCGCGGGACGUGGUACAUUGCCUCCAUGGACAGAGUUGUUGCUGGCGUUGGCUGGCCAGAGCAGCCAUGGAAGAGGCGUCUGGAAGCAGCUUUGCCAGCAUGAGCCUUGCAGACAGCAUCGCGAUGAUCAAGCAGGAGCUCCUGCAGCUCAGGGAGGAACAUGCCAUCAAAGAAGCAGAGCGGGGCCGUGCUGAGGCAGCCGAAGAGAACCUGGCUUCUUUGAAGGCACAGCUGGCAGCGACAAAAGUGGACCACAAAGAGUUCAGGGCCCUUGAGCGAGCUCAAGGGCAGUUGCAAGAAGAAGCUGCAUCCUUGCGAAUAUCUGCCGGUAGUCUUUCAGCUCAGCUGGAAGUCCAGAAAAAGGAGGCUGCCCGAGAACUGGCAGCCGUGCGCGGCAAGGCCGAUGCAGAAGUGUCAGCUUUGCGACUCAGAGCUGAAAAGGCAGAGACCGAGCUGGCCAAAGUACAGGUAGCGGAAAGUGAGCUCCGUCAGAGAGUGGCAGAGCUGAUCGAGGGAAGGGAUGCGGCAGAGAGAAAGAAGCUGUCACCGUUGGGGCCUCGCCGCUUUAAGAGUUCACGACGAAACCGAUGCUCGGCAUGGCGAACGCCACUCUCAAAACAAUGUACAUGUUCUCUUGUUUAUGAGGAAUGA